CAUUUCAUAAGUUUACAGUAUAUGCAUAGCUUAAUCGUCACAUGAGACAAGAAAUCUACGUUUGUUGCGAAGGUAAUUGUUACGUUACAUUAAUUAUUAAUUGUUUCACUUCCUGCAAUUAAUAGUAUUAGUCUUAUUGUACGGCACUGCACCAACGAGAAAAGAAAACUAAAUAUGUGAUCCAAACGAUUCUUCCUGUCAGAUGACGAUUUAAAAGUUUACACAAAAACGUAUAUAGAUGAAAAAUGUCAAUGAUUGAAUGAAAAAUAUUUUUGUCGGACUAUAUACUGUCGGAUGCAGUUAUACUAAAUAUCUGUAUAAAGUACGAAUGAAACCAUGUUAAAACAAAGUAAUUUUUAUACAUGUAAUAUUGACAUGACGUGGAAAACGUUUGUUCGAGAAUCUGACGAUAUUCCUGAACCGCUUGAGAAAAGAGAACAUCAAUUGGCAUUCGAAGGAAGUGAAGCAAGAAAAACUUACGAAGAAAUUAUAAAUCAGGAAAGUAGCUCAAUCUUGCCAAUAGAGGACCAUAAGAAUAAUAAACAGAAGAAGGUUUCUACUUGUAAGAAUACAGCAAUAAAGAUGGUUAUACCAAAUGAAAAAGUCAAAAAGAAUCAAAAUCCAGAGGAAAAAGUGUCGAUUAAUGCUAUAUUGAAAGCAAUAGAACAAAGAGACAGAAAAUUCUUAUUGAAACAUAUAACACAAGAAAAUGUUAAUUUAACAGAUAAUUUUGGUUGGACACCUCUAAUGUCGGCUACUUAUUGCGGUCAUUUAGACAUUGUAGAAUUUCUGUUAAAUCUGGGAGCUAGCAAAGAAGCAAGAGAAAAGUCUGGUCUUACCGCUGCACAGUUAGCAUUAAAAAAGAAUUAUUUAAAUAUAGUUGCUUUAUUAAAAAAGAAAACAGACACUAGAGGUAAUAAAAUCCCUUCAAAAAUACAUGCUAUUAAUGCAAGAACAAACACUGAUGUUAUAUCACAGACAAGUUCAGAAUUAAUAGAGCCUUUAACAAAUUGCAAUGAAACUGCACUCAACAUUAGAGAUAAUACAAAACGUCAGUCAGAGGAAGAUACUGGGUUUUAUUGUGAAAUUUGUGAGAUUAAUUUUCAUCAAACAUCUUGGAAAAAGCAUGAAACAUCUACACUUCAUAUUUUUAAUACAAAGCCGAAACUACCAAAUGCUAUGUAUGGCAUAUCAAAACAAAGUAAAGGCUAUCAGAUGUUAUUAAACACUGGAUGGGAUGAACAAGUUGGUCUUGGUCCUUUGGGUAAAGGAAUAAAAUAUCCAAUUAAAACAUGUCUAAAAAAUGAUAGAAAAGGAUUAGGUCAAUCAAGUGAAAAAGAAUACAGAGUGACACACUUUAAGGCAGGGGAUGUUGCAGCUGUUAAUGAUACUAAAACUUGCAAACAAAAAUGCUUGAAGAAGAAAGAUAGGGAAAAAUUAUUAAAUAGAGAAGUUAGGAAAGAAAGAGUAUUGCGUAUUAUGAAAUUUGAUCAACAGAUGGCAUUAAAGCAUUUGCAACUGGUAGAAGAAAAAGCAGGUGAGAUUCUAACAGAUCGUCAAGAAAUAGUCGCUUUGGACAAAAGAAGAAAUGAUGAUAGAGUUGGGAUGAGGGCACUGCAAAAGGAAAAACAUAAAAAAGCUUGGGUGACAAUUGGGCCAUUAUUGUUUAAAAUGCCAUCCAAAACUGCUGAGGAAUUGCUCAUUAAAGAUCAAAAGGAAUGUGACAUUGAAAUCAACAAGUUAAGAAGUGAUUUAAAAAUUAAAGUAAAUGAAUUACGAGACUUAGAACUUAAUCCACCUGUUCCAGGCUUAAUGUUAAAACCUAUGUCUCACAAAGAAAUGUCUGCAAUAAAACAAAUCUGGGGUCAAAACUCUUAAAACUAUGUAAGUCCUUUGUUGAUGUAAAUACUCCUACCCAGAAGUAAAGUUUCUAAGCAAGAUUUAUAGCACAGUCAUCUAAGACACACCUAACAAAAUGUGUAAAAUAUAAUGCUAAAUAUUAUUAUCAUUAUUAUUUGUUUUGUAAAUUCAACAUAAUGAUACUUUGUUUUUAUUUAAUCACUGAGUUCCCAAAAGGUGUUGGUUUGCUUCAGUAAUGUAUGAAUCAUGUAGAAACAUAUAUUCUAACUUUUUUGAAGGUAUCAAUUCUUGAACUUUAAUUCUACUCUCAUUUGGACAAUAUGUAAAUUGAUAAAUACGUUUAUCACAUUCUUGAGAAACAACCGCUUUCAUGUGUUCAAAAAAUGCAGAACAAAAACUUGAACAUGUUUCAAAACUCCAAUGAUUCUGUAAUGUAAAAAGAACUAUAGAAUUCUAAACUAUUUACUUAAUUAUAGUAAAAGAGAUGCUACACUUCAAUUACCUUGAAUUUGAUUUUUAAUCUAUCCAAUGUGAAUUUUUUUAUUUUAUAUACAAUACCAGUAUAAUUCCUGCAACCACAUAUAAUCCUUUUUAUACCAACUAUAUGACUUUGGAGCCACCAUUUUAAUAUUCUGGUGGCUCUUUCAUGUUUUAUUUCACCACGGCGAGUAAAUGCUGCAAAACUUAAAGUUUUUAAUUCUAUAAGUUCAACAUUUUUUCCUACUAGUGUGUCCUUUAUUUCAUGCUCAGAGGAAAUGCCAUCAACUUCUGCACCAUAAAGUAAAGUAGUAUUACCAAAUACAGCUUUAAAAACACAAUAGAAUUCUUCAUUCUGGUUUAAUGGUACAGAUAAGUCUGGCAUUCCAGAAGGUUUAUCUAAAGAAAAGCACAAUCAUCAAGUAUUAAUUGUUUAAUUAGAAAUAAUUGAUUAAACCAUAUUUAGUGACAAAUUUUUCAUAACUUGUUACAUAAACCUGUUAAUAGAUACUGCUCAAAUUUGUACCCCCAUGCAGUGCAUUUAUUUUGAUAAGCACUUUGACUUGAUGUUCUUUGUUUUUUUGCAUCAGUAUCAAAACUGCAUAAAUAUAUAGAACCUUUAAAUUUUGCAGCGCAUAUAAUCCACCCUUCUUCAGUAUCAUAUGGCGUGCUAAGUAACGUUGUUAGUACACCUCGGUAACAAAUAAUUUCCGGUUCUAACCUAAGAUAUUAAAAAAACAUCAUACGAGCUUCUCAGCUACCUCAAUUAUUUUUUCGUAAAUAUAAUUAAUCUCAAAGAUCUAACCAUCUACCGUUUUCGUUAUUCGAGUUUUGUAAUUUUAGUUGAUUGAAAUUUUCAGACAACCAUUGUAACAUAAAAUCAAUUUUCAUGUUCUCAUCAGUUUUAUAUAUCGUAUGUUUAUUGUCAUCAAGAUUAAAAUAAACAUUUUUCGGAUCCUGAGGUUCCUUGUAAUACUUUAAUUUUGAUAAAUCAUUGGAAUAACUUUUGUCACCGUCAAUACUGAAAUUACCUACAAUUUGUAAUUCGGUAAAUUGAUUUACGGGUCCUUGUAAAUCUUGAAUUUGAAAAAACAUUGUAUACGAGUAAUUUUUAAAUGUUUCUCACACGUUUAUGUUACAAUAUUUGUUACAAAAUAACUGCGCGUUAGUUUAUGAUACCGCAAAACUGCGACGCCCCAGGACAAAGGGGGUCCCCUAACUAGGGAUUUAGAAAGAUGAUUUUGAAGAUGAAAACUGACCAAUACCACCCACAUUUCUUUCAGAACUCUUCUCUGGAACAACGCAAAGUAGGUAUGCAGUAAAUUACAAUUUCGUUUCAAAGUUUCAAAGCAGUUAUAUUUUCUACUUGAAUAAAUUAUCAUUUGCUGCUAACAUAUUUACUCCUACCCUUGUUUAAAAAUACAUAUCACUAAUUAAGAAAAAUAUAAAAUGAAAUUUGUUAUAUCUAUUGUGGGUAUUUACACAAAUUCAUACAUUCGUAAGGUAAUUCAUAAAAAUAGGAUUUAAAUAAAAACAUAUUAUAAAACCACACAUCAAGAGGUAAAGAAAACAAUACUGUUCGCGGUAGACGUUAUUUAUUAUUUUCUCUAUAUAUAGUUUUUCGUAGGGAUCAACAUGUUUGAAGAAACACAAUGUUACGUACGCCAUCUAGAAUAUGAAAAUUUUCAAUAUACGCACAUUGUAACAGUGAAUACAGUGGAAAUUGACAUGCGUCAAAUAUAAAACUGAUUCUAUGGAAACUUCUUAAUCAUGAAAAAGUCCUGA